AGCAAGUGUUGCACUUACUGACUGACCAGUCGCCAAAUAUCUUGGGAACGUCAAGAUGCACAGCUCGCUGGAGAGCAAUACCCUCGGUCCCAAUGAAUGGGACUACGACACGAUAUUGGAGAAGAUCGGUUAUGGGAAAACGCAAUGGAUACUCCUGCUUGUCAGCGGACUCUUGACAAUUACAUCUGUUGCAGCCCAACAAGCCAUGAGUAUUAUCGUGAUCGCAUCGCAUUGUGAGUUCGAAACGACACAGGCUGAAAAGGGUGUGAUGAUGGCGGCUAGUGUUACAGGUAUUUUUCUAUCGACCUAUAUAUGGGGAUACAUCAGCGACGAUAUAGGGCGACGGAAAGUUUUACUUUAUGGUAAUUUCGCUAGCAAUGCCCUGCAGUUUAUUCUAAUGUUCGUUACAAGCGUUUGGCUUUUCAACAUCAUAAACCUUCUUGUUGGAAUCAGUGUCGGCGCAGUAUCAGCAGCACUUUAUGCAUAUCUAAGUGAAUUCAAUAUACCCCGACAUCGAGCUGUGGCGAUUAACUACUCAACAAUGUUUGUUAGCGUUACGGCAAUAUAUGUACCAGCAACUGCUUGGCUUGUACUCUCAUCAAACUGGGCUAUCACCAUUGGCGAUUUUGUAUUUCGGCCAUGGCGUUUAAUAUUGCUAGUUAGUCUACUACCAGGACUCAUUGGCGGAUUGAUACUUUUAUAUUAUCCUGAGAGCCCGAAACUGUUACUAUCACAAGAUAAGAACAAAGAGGCAAUAGAAGCUGUUGCAUGGAUUAGCAAAUUUAACCGGGGAAAGUCAAUACAUCAAGUCCUUAACUGUGAUGAAUUUACACUGAAAUCAGAAGAUCUAGCUGUCGAAAAUUUGUUGGCCGAAAGCCAAGGAUGUGGUAUAUUAUCCAAAAUAUGUAAAGCAACAAUUCCUCUUUUCCAUAAGCCCCAUGGGUUUAAUUUUAUUCUAUGUAAUCUGGCAUUAUUUGGAAUGUUUUUCAGUUCAAACGGCAUGCAACUUUGGUUUCCAGAAAUCGUUAACCGCUCUUCAGGUGCCGAAAAUAAUUACUCUACAGUAUGCGAAAUUCUAAGUGUACCCGUAGAAAAACCGAAUGUAACAGAAACCUUGGACUGCACUGAUCCCAUAUCGAGCAAAACCUAUAUCAAUAACCUUAUUGUAGGCAUUGCAUUUUUAGUUGGAUUCUCCAUUCAAGGAGUGAUACUUAAUCCCUUGGGUCGAAAGAAUGUGCUCUUAGCUGCCCUUUCAGUUGCAGUGUUAAGUGGGGUUCUCCUGCACAUUAUGGAAAAUCCCACGGGAGUUCUUGUCUUGUUUUGUCUUUACAUUCUUUUACCUGGGCUCUCGAUUUCCAUUAUGAUAGGAGCUAUCGUUGAUUUAGUUCCAACACACUUGAGAUCUAAGGCAGUAAGCUUUUGCAUGUCUCUUGGACGACUGGGAAUCAUCGCAGCCACAAACUUAAUGGGAGUUAUGCUGCAACCUUACUGCAGUACAACCUUUGCCAUGUUUACUUGCACUCUUAUUGUGUGUAUUGUUAUUGUUCAUUACCUGCCAAUUCGGAAUUCAGCGUAACAUGUUUUUCUUCUUUGUCUUUGGAUAUUUUUUCUUCGUCAACUUUGCUUAUUAAAUGUAUAAAUUUGAAA